GGGCGGCCCUGCGCCGCCGCCGCCGCCGCCUCCCAGCGCCAGCGUUCGGCAGCCUCCCCGGAACCCGGCGAGCGCGGAGAGCUGGCGGGAGCCCCCGCUGCCCCCGGGCCCCCAACCAUGUCGGCCGAGGAGAUGGUGCAGAUCCGUCUGGAGGACCGCUGCUACCCGGUGAGCAAGAGGAAGCUCAUCGAGCAGAGCGACUACUUCCGCGCCCUCUACCGCUCCGGCAUGCGUGAGGCCCUGAGCCCGGAGGCCGGCGGCCCCGAGGUGCAGCAGCUACGCGGCCUCAGCGCCCCGGGCCUGCGCCUGGUGCUGGACUUCAUCAACGCCGGCGGGGCCCGCGAAGGCUGGCUGUUGGGCCGACGGGGGGAGCCGGGCGGCGGUGGGGAGGAGGAGGAGGACAUGGACGAGGUGAGCCUGCUGUCCGAGCUGGUGGAGGCGGCCUCCUUCUUGCAGGUCACGUCCCUGCUGCGGCUGCUGCUGUCCCAGGUGCGGCUCACCAACUGCCUAGAGCUGUACCGCCUGGCGCAGGUGUACGGGCUGCCCGACCUGCAAGAGGCCUGCCUGCGCUUCAUGGCCGUCCACUUCCACGAGGUGCUCUGCAAGCCCCAGUUCCAUCUCCUGGGGUCUUCUCCUCCGGCCCCCGGGGAUGUCAGCCUGAAACAGAGGCUGAGAGAGGCCCGGAUGACUGGGACUCCUGUGCUCGUGGCGCUGGGUGAUUUCCUGGGGGGACCCCUAGCCCCUCACCCCUAUCAAGGAGAGCCCCCGUCCAUGCUCAGGUACGAGGAGAUGACCGAGCGUUGGUUCCCGCUAGCCAACAACCUCCCUCCAGACCUGGUGAACGUCAGGGGCUAUGGGUCCGCCAUCCUGGACAACUACCUCUUUAUAGUGGGCGGCUACAGGAUCACCAGCCAAGAGAUCUCCGCGGCCCACUCCUACAACCCCAGCACCAACGAGUGGCUCCAGGUGGCCUCCAUGAACCAGAAGAGGUCUAACUUCAAACUCGUGGCUGUAAAUUCAAAACUCUAUGCCAUUGGCGGGCAGGCCGUUUCUAACGUUGAGUGUUAUAACCCUGAGCAGGAUGCGUGGAAUUUCAUGGCACCCUUACCAAACCCUCUGGCUGAGUUCUCUGCCUGUGAGUGUCAGGGGAAAAUUUAUGUCAUCGGAGGAUAUACCACCAGAGACCGGAACAUGAACAUCCUGCAGUACUGCCCCGCCGCCGACCUCUGGACGCUCUUUGAGACGUGCGACGUCCACAUCCGCAAGCAGCAGAUGGUGUCUGUGGAGGAGACCAUCUACAUUGUGGGGGGCUGCCUCCACGAGCUGGGGCCCACCCGGAGGGGCAGCCAGAGCGAGGACAUGCUCACCGUGCAGUCCUACAACACUGCCACCCGCCAGUGGCUCUACCUCAAGGAGAACACAUCCAAGUCGGGCCUGAACUUGACGUGCGCGCUUCACAACGACGGCAUCUAUAUCAUGAGCAGAGACGUGACCCUGUCCACCAGCCUGGAACAUCGCGUCUUCCUCAAGUACAACAUCUUUAACGACAGUUGGGAAGCCUUCCGGCGUUUCCCAGCCUUUGGACACAACUUGCUGGUCUCCUCCCUUUAUCUGCCCAAUAAGGCAGAAACAUGACCAAAUUAGUAUUUGAAAGAAACCUGGAUCAAGACCAAAAAAAAAAAAAAGUGUCCAUUUUCAAGCGAAACUGCUUUUUAAAGGGGACAUGUGGGUUUUAGGUCACACGUACAAAAGGUGUAAAUAAGCUUACUUGAACCAGUUACUUGAAAACUUGUGGUGAAAAGAGACCAACUUUAUUAUUUUUUUAAUUACUGAUUUUUAAAAUGAUGGGAGCAAAUCCAUGAUACUGUUUUCGUACAAAUGUGAUACCCUUAGGCGGAGGACCGAAACUGAUCCUCAAAAAGAAGAUUCAUUGUGCCUGCUUUGUAAAGGGCCAAAGUCAGUAAUUGGCAUGAAUAGUUAAGAUGAUUUUAAAAUCUGUUUUCUUUAGGUCACUUGAAAUAGUGUUGCUACCUUAAGUGAGAGGUUUUUUUUUUUUUUUUUGGUUAUUACUUUACUUGACAAACAUUAACACCGUCUUUCUCCCCUCUUCUCCCCCAGUCACACCCGUAUAUACUUGCAGUGUGUUUAAAAUAGGGUUCUAUGUUCAUAAUAGUGUAUUUGCACAUGACUUUUCAGGAAAUUUACCCUGAUGGAACCCAGCAUCCAUUCCUCCCCAAAACCUGCAUUAAAAAUAUUGUCAGCUAUUUUUCUAGUCUUUUUUUUUUUUUACAGUUUUGAAUACUGAGUAAAUAAGCAGAUUAUAACUUCUUAUUUCAUUUAUGUAGCAGAUUGCAGAUUUAUGUGGUCAGAUACUUGUAUUGCUAGGCAUUCUGUACUGCUUAAAAGAGAGAAUAUAUUGUUUAAAAGGAUGGAUCUCUAUAUUUUUUAAAUCGAGUCUUACAUUUAAAUGGGAAGGGAAGAAAGCACCAAAUAAGGGAAGAAAUGCCUUUAUGGUUUUACUUUUAUUGACUGUAUUUGACUUAGUUCUUUUUUAAAGAUUGAAACAAUAACUUUGUAUUAAGGUCAGGUACCUUUCUAAUUUAAUCUUGGCUUUUCUACCCCAGCUUUGCUUUUGUGGGGUAAAGUGAGGGUAGCUUUGAAACAUCUGUGCAGGAGAGAGGGGAAGAAGCCCUUCCAGCAGUGGAAUGGCAUCUGAUGGUAUUUCUGAAAUUCGAUAAGGUGCUCUUUGCCUUGGUUGUUAAAUCAUGUGGAUCCCUGCUCAAGCCGUUGUUUGUUUACAGUGAGUCACUUAACAGCGAGUAGAAUCUUCUGCCAAUUAUAGAUCAGCAUUUCUUUAAAAAUAUACAGGCAUAUCUUGACAAUACUGUGGUUCAGUUCCAGACCCUGGCAGUAAAGCAAAUAACGAAAGUCACAUGAAUUUUUUGGUUUCUCAGUGCAUGUAACAGUUAUGUUUACAUGAUCCUGUAGUCUACUAAGUAUGCGAUACUAUUAUGUUCUAAAAAAGUACAUACCUUGGGAGUUCUCAUUGUGGCUCAGUGGUUAAUGAACCCAACUCGUAUCCAUGAGGACACAGGUUACAUCCCUGGCCUUGCCCAGCAAGUUAAGGAUCUGGCGUUGCCAUGAGCUGUUGUGUGGGUCGUACACACAGCUCGGAUCCCGAGUGGCUGUGGCUGUGGUGUAGGCCAGUGGCUACAGCUCUGACUUGACCCUUUAGCCUGGGAACUUUCAUAUGCUGUGGGUGCAUCCCUAAAAAGACAAAAAAAAAAAAAAAAAAAAAAAAAAAAACCAAACAAAACUACAUACCUUAAUUUAAAAAUACUUUAUUGCUAAAAAGGCUAACCAUUACAUCUGACAAGGCAGGGUUGCCUUGUCAAUUUGUAAAAAAUGCAGCAUUGGGAAGUUCCCUGGCGGUCUAGUGAUUAGGACUCAGUGCUUUCAUUGCUGUGGCCCAGGUUCAAUCCCUGGUCUGGAAACUGAAAUCCUACAUCAAACCACUGCACCCUGCAAGCCAAACAAAGAAACAAAACCACAAGUUCUGUGUCUGCAAAGUGCAAUGAAGUGAAGCGCAAUAAAACAAGGUCUGCCUGUGUACACACGUGUAAAGAAUCUUAAUCUUCACUGAAAAUCACUUUCUGAAAUUUGCUGGUUUUUUGCAAUGAAAUUAGUUUAAACUGUGAGCUGGAUCCCAUCUUUCUGUCCUAACAUUCCAGUUAUAGCAUGCCUCACUUUAAGAGUGUCCCGUCAAAAAAAUGAAACGUGUGUUACGGCAAAUCCAUGCAUUCAGCACACUUACUGAAUGCCUCUAGUAUGCAGUCACCGUGCAGACAGAGCACAGAGAAGUUCGUGACCUCAGCAGGACUUCAGUUCAUCCAAGGAGUCACUACAGGGUUUCUUUACAACCAUGGCCUCCUUGUAUAUUUUAAAUAAGGGUCUGGUUGUAAAAAUUCUAGUUGCACAACUUUUCAGGAAUACGUCUAUUAGGUAAAAGGAGGUAAAUCUCUAUUGCAGACGUGGAGACAGAUCUUCAUAUCUCGUCACCAAGUAAUCUUAUCAGUACUCAGCUUACAAUACUAAUAAAGGGUUUCUAAGCCAUAACCAUUUGUUCUCAGAUACUUAGCCUUCUUUCUUUUAAAACACUCUGAACUGAAAUCUUCCUGGGAAUGGUACUUUCAUAAUAGAUUUAUAUUAAUUUAUAUUCAUUAUAAAUCCAGUGACCUGUAAUUCCAUUACAUGUAUUUAAAAAUCUAAUUUAUUUUAGAUGGUGUUAAUUUUUGUUGCUACCGAGCUUAAUGCCCUUAAGGCUUAAUCUUAUGUGUUCAGAAGAUUCUAGCCAGUUGAAUGAGUUGUGGACAAACAAUUGGAGAGUAGCUUGUAAAUACCAACAUUCUAGAAGAUACAGUAUUAUUCCUGCCAACAGGUUCUCUUCCUGAUUCCAUUCUUUGGGUCUGUUUUCCUAGUGUGGCUAACUAGCUUCUUGGACCAAGUGGAGGCAUACUCUGAUCCACAAAGCUCUUUUUUAUAAACCAGGUUUGAUAUGUGUGUGUGUGUAUAUAUAUAUGUGUGUGUGUGUACAUAUCUUUGUGUGUGUGUGUACACACGUGAACGUCUGGGCAUGUUAUGCUUUCUCUAAGAUACGCAGACUCCUAACAAGACUGUUACUUGGGGCUGCGGCGGGGCUUAGGCCAAGUGGAAAGUACAGUAGGACAGCUCUGUACUUUCUUCCUGCUGUCCAGCGAUGUUGACAUGUUGAGGGGAAUUUUAGUUGAGCCCUGUUCUCACUGGUGCCAAUGUUGCACUGAUGCCUCUCUCUAUGAUGAGGGCAAUGUUGCUUUGAAAGUCUCCUUUUAUUUCCUCUCUUUCUCUUAGUGCUUUCUUCUUUUCUGAGAUGCUUCUGAGGGGUGCUGACCUCCCCCUGUGGAGAGGGCAGUUUCUGGGGGGACCUCAGUGAUGGCCACCCAGUCAGAAGCAGCCUGUUUAACUGAGAAUGAUCUGAGUGGCACAGUGAGUGCUGAGUGUGAAUUGUUGAGGGAGGCUGUUGGGUUCUGCUGUCUCUUUCUGGCUGUCUUUUCUGCACCCUUCCUUUCAGAGGUCUCCCCCCUUCGCAUUCUUUAGAAGUUUUUCUGAUGACUGUGUGGGAGUUAAUCACUUCGACAGCACUUGGUAAAUCUUAACAAUGAAGUACUGAGAAGGUUAUGGUUACUAGUAAGAAACCAGUAGAUUAGGAUGAAGCAUGAAUACCAAAGACAAUUUAACUCUGCCAUUUUUGAGGGGGGACCAAAAUCCUAAGUAAUUCCACAUGCCUUAGAUAUCAAUGGAAGUUAUACUUAGAUGGGCAAAGCUCUUUCUCCACCGAGAGAUGAAUCAAGUACAUGCCUGUUCUCGUUCAAUAAGCCAGUACAUCUUGCGCAUUGUGGAUGCCGUAUUUUCAGGUUUUUCAUCAAGCCAUGACCCUACCUAUUUGGCUGCACAGGUGAAUUGGGUGGAAAGGCUUUGGCCUUCCUGGUUGAUCGGCAUGUAAUCCACAGUGUCCUGAUGUUGAGGACUGGAGAAACAGCCUAGCAGCAGAAAGGGAGUGUGGGUGAAUCAUUGGCUGCCUUUCACCUGGACCAGGGAUGGGGAAUGGAUAACAUCUCUGCCUGUGUCUGUCAAGAUGGCCUUGAGAGUGAGUGGCACUCCUUUACCUCUGCCAGAAAUUGCUCCCAGAAUCUGUGUCAUGAAUCCUUCCAGGCCCUCCAGUCCAUCAGAGUGAGGUGAGGUCUAUUUCUCAUCCCUGCCUUAGAGGAGUGAAUGAAUUAGGUGAGUAGACACUGCCCGGAAUGGCUUUGAAAAGCAGGGAGUGGAUUCAUUUCAGUUCCCUGGUUCCCAAAAAUUGAAUGUCUGUCGUGUGCAAGAAAGUGUCAAGAGGUGGGGAUAUGAGAGUUCCCAUUGUGGCGCAGUGGAAAUGAAUCUGACUAGGAACCAUGAGGUUGCGGGUUUGAUCCCUGGCCUUACUCAGUGGGUUAAAGACCUGGUGUUGCUGUGAGCUGUGGUGUAGUUUGCAGACGCGGCUCGGAUCUGGCGUUGCUGUGGGCUCUGGCGUAGGCCUAUGGCAACAGCUCCGUUUCGACCUCUAGCCUGGGAAUCUCCAUAUGCCAUGGGUGUGGCCCUCAAAAGACAAAAGACAAAAAAUAAAAUAAAAUAAAGAAGUGGGGAUAUGGAAAUAAGCCACCAUGCCUCGCCUUGAGUUUAUAGCCCACAAAGUGUUACUAUCGUGACGAUGGAAACUAGACUGGCCAUCUUGAAGAUGCCCACUUUUGUCAAGGUGCACUGGGCUCCCAAGCCUUCCUGCCUCUUCAGUCCUGGCCCCAUCUGUCACCUACUUGAUGAUUUACUAACAAUCCUGAACCAGCUUUUCUCUAAAUUUGAACAGCACAUCCUGCGGUCUUUGUUUUUGUCUUUCACAGGAUGCUUUUUUCUCACUACUUUCCAUUGUCUUCUCUGUACUUCAUUUUCUGGAAAAAGAUAUGAGAUCCGCUUUAUUUAAAAAUACUGACAAAACACCACAGCUUGGGUAGCUAAGGGCUCAGCAGGCUGAUCCCAGGAAAAGGAGGAGCAAAGCCAGGGAAGUAGGUGUUAGGAGAGAAGCAAGCCGUCCACCUGUGCAUUUAUACCUAUGCCUUUAAAACACUUCCAUCAAAAGGAGAAAUGAACAUCGAGACACUAGUCCUGAGUGAAAGUCAGUUGAUUUUGCCUCUGUGAUAACUAUCAAAGGGUAUGUUUCAUUCACAUUAGAGUAUUUUUCAUUUCAUGGUGUUAACUUCGGAACACGAUAUAAAGCACACACCAAUUGACACAGCCUGAUUUCUGCACUUGAUAUAACCACGUUUAUUCAUUCCCAUAGGAGGGAGAUUAAAUGUAAAAGAGGGUCGAUUUUGAGUUACAAAGGGUGACUUUGGAAGGGUUGGCUGGUGCUUUGUCAAAUGGAUGUCAUAGUUGGUUGCUAGUAAAGAAAAGGGAAAUGUAGUUUGCAUUAUUGUGUCAUUUUUCUGAAAAAAACUUAAUAGGGGCUCUUGAAGUGUCUCUACAGUGUUUUCCUAUCUUGUGGUCACUUUAAGAAAAAUGAGAAUCUGUAGAAUGAAUAGUUAUGUUUUGUUAUGACUGAACUUUGUUAAAAAGGUUGUAUUGAGCCUUCAAUUUCAAGUGUGGCUUAAAAUGUAAACAUAUCACAUGAUUCAUUUAAAUACAACGAUGCCUAUGAAGCACUCACUCAAACAGCAUACGUUUUGUGUUUAUAAUUAGAACUACAGAAGAAAAUCUCUUCAAAUAAAAUAGUUUUAAAUCAG